AUGUAUGAACAAGAAGAACAAGAACAAAGACAAGAACGAGAAGAAGAAUGGAAAAGGCAUGAGAAAAGUACAAGUGCAAGAACAGAAACAAACAAUCAACAACAAAAUCUGCAAUCCCAAGCAUACAUCUCAGAAGAAAGAAGAAAAUAUGGUAUCACAAUGCUCCUCCUCUCCUUUCUCCUUUCUGCUCCAUCUCCGUUGCGCACCCGCCCUAUCUGUUGCGCGCCAUCUUAA